CGUUCUCGACCACUCGCUCCAAUCGCAAUGCAAUAUAUUGACGUUGCUCACGCGCCUUUUAUUGUGACCUCUCUCCCACACCCACAUCCUGACGCAAACCACCACGCAAAACGAUCAACCAUUUCUUUAAAAUGGAACUCAACCAUCAGUCGGCCAUCAAGCUGCGAACUGUCCCAAGGCUGGCACGCCUACAUGGCGGCAUGGAAGGUCAUGUCUCUCGUGAUUGCUCCAUGGAAGCAAAGGUGAAGUCAUGCUACAAAUGUGGUCUGGAAGGUCAUAUUUCCCGUGAUUGCACUCAAAACAAUAGUGGCUACGGCGCCGGGUUCGGAUCCUCUGGUACGGAAUGCUACCGUUGCGGAAAGGUUGGGCAUAUUGCUCGUGCAUGCCCUGAGGGUGCUGGCGGUAAUGCUGGCUACGGUGGCGGAGGUUUCGGCGGUUUCGGCGGCGGCGGCAAGACUUGGUAAUGUGUCGCUCCUGAGUGUGGAGGGUGCGGAAUGUUAAUACGUGUCUUGGCAGCUACUCUUGCGGCGGCGUAGGUCAUCUGUCUCGGGACUGUGUGCAGGGGUCCAAGUGCUAUAACUGCUCUGGAAUGGUAAGUUGGUCUGUGUAGAUGGCAGACACUCUGCUGAGGGUGUGUGUCCCAC